UGUGCUCUCUAAUGGAAGAACGAUGUCACUUAACUUAAAAAUACAACAUCUCAUUUAUGACGUUAUCCAACAAUUCUGUCUGCAAGGAUUCUCUUUCUCCUACUUCGCGUGUGUUUCUUCGGUUGUCGAGUAUAAUACGACGUGUGAACACGUACACGGUCACGUGCGUAUAGUCAUAGCUUCGAUAACCCGGGAAUGUCUGCCUGUGUAUAUAAGUGCAGAGAAAUGACGUGGCGUGACAGAACGUUAGCAGCGCUAGGUGCAAUAUUGCCGAUCGCCAGUGCACGCGAAAUAAAACGAUAUCUGCUUGUGUACGACGUGAUCUAACCGGAUCUGCUUUACGCAUUUAUACGGAGGAAAGAGCUCCACUUUCCCAUCUAGUUUGUCUACCAACCCGUGGAGAUCCAGAGUAUCUUGGACGAAAAUGGCCAGGAAAGUUUGUCACGUCAUAUUGAUUAUUUCAUUGUUGGCCAGUGCUUAUCUGGGGGUAGCUGCCCCUAAUUGGGUGGACGAUUUAGUAGCAAAUAUCAAUGAAGACGUGCGUCAUAGACUCAUAGAUGUGAAUAAGAAUAUAGAGAAUUUGAAUACGCAAAUAGAGAAUUCAGUGCAACAAACGCUUGCGCAAGUCCACAAAACAAUAGAGGAUCUACCAAGAGAUGGACAAGGACAUUUAAUAACAACUGGCAACAACGUCAUAAUCAAUUCUGUAAAUGGUGUUACUAUGAUAAAGAUAGCCAAAUCUGGUUAUACACCAAACGGAGUGCCGUACAGGAAUGUUACUACAGAUCUAAAUAAUGGGGAUUAUCUUUAUCACGACGAGACUUUUUACAAUUCAACAUCUAAUGCUAUGGAGAGAAUUCGCUGGAGACAGAACCUCAGAAAUCCAGGUGCUCAACUUGAAUAUCUCCCGAAUGAGUAAUAAAACAAUAAGUUUUUAUUUUCAUGUUCUAUAUUACGGUAUACAAUUUAUUUUGCUUAACCCUUUGUUGAACAAUUUUUCUAUUUUUCUAUUGUAUUUAGCUGAAUUUUAGUAUACAUAUAGGAGUUUUUGGA